CGUGGAGGGGGAGGAGGAGGGGGAGUGACGUGAGCGCGGGAGAAACUGAUGGUUGCAGUCGGAUUAUUCUGCUCUCCCCCUCCCUCCUCCCUCGCUCUGUCUCCCUCCACGAUGAUGCUGCUGCUGCACUGACAGAAAAACAAACAUGCUGCUGACACAUCGACGGCUCUUCGGGUCCCUCUGAGCCGCCGCGGCGGCAGAUCCAGCGGCUGGCAAGCGGAAUGUGAGCGGCUACAAACAUCUGCCGGGGGACUCCUCUUCCUCCUGCUCUACUCCUGCAUCAGUCUGACAGCUGCCCCCUCCCUGUGUGCACCGCUGUCCCGGGAAUGUUCGGCGGACACAGAGACGGAACACGAUGAGCGUCCCGGACAAAUGGGUCACUCUGACCCCGGCUGAGUUCGCGCUGCUGCAGGAGUACACACAGUACUCCACCAAGAAGCUGAAGGAUGUGCUGCAGGAGUUCCACGGUGAAGGAGUCCUGGCCAAGUACAACCCAGAGGAGAAGCAGGACAUCCUCAGUCAGGCCAUCGAUUUUGCGGGCUUCAAGCUCUUCAUGCAGACGUUCCUGGAGAACGAGCUUCCAGACGAGUUCUGCCAGCAUCUCUUCAUGUCCUUCAGCAACAAGGGAGCAGAACCCAUGUCCUCCUCCUCGGGCACCGACAGACCCCGGGUAUCUGGACUCAAGCUGAUCAAGUCCACGCCGGCCAGACUGAACCCCAAGCCUCUGGAGUCAGUGCAGUUGAAAGACAUUGUGUGCUACCUGUCUCUGCUGGAAGGGGGGCGACCCGAGGACAAGCUGGAGUUUAUGUUUCGACUCUACGACACGGAUGGAAAUGGAUCACUGGACAGUUCGGAGCUGGAACACAUCAUCUCUCAAAUGAUGCACGUGGCAGAGUACCUGGAGUGGGAUGUCACCGAGCUCAAGCCGAUCCUCCAGGAGAUGAUGCGAGAGAUCGACUAUGAUCACGAUGGAACCGUGUCGCUGGAAGAGUGGAUCCAGGGGGGUAUGACCACCAUCCCACUGCUGGUCCUGCUGGGCCUGGAGACGAAUGUGAAAGACGACGGACAGCACGUGUGGAGACUGAAGCACUUCAACAAGCCUGCGUACUGCAACUUGUGCCUCAACAUGCUGAUCGGCCUCGGCAAGCAGGGGCUGUGCUGCUCCUUCUGCAAGUACACGGUGCACGAGCGUUGCGUGUCCCGCGCUCCCCUGUCCUGCAUCAAGACCUACGUCAAGUCCAAGAAGAACACGGAGGUCAUGCACCACUUCUGGGUGGAGGGCAACUGCCCCACCAAGUGUGACAAGUGCCACAAGACCAUUAAGUGCUACCAGGGUCUGACCGGGCUCCACUGCGUCUGGUGUCAGAUCACGCUCCAUAACAAGUGUGCCUCCCACGUGAAGCCUGAGUGUGACUGCGGACCCCUGAAGGAUCACAUCCUGCCGCCCAACUCCAUCUGCCCCGUGGUCCUGGAGCGACAGUCAACGCUGAGGAAAGACUCCAAGUCCAGUCAGUCCAGUCGAGCCAAGAUGCAGAGAGCCAACUCAGUCACGGUGGACGGACAAGGUCUGCAGAUCACAACUAUGGCGGGGACUCAUCCUCUGCUGGUGUUUGUCAACCCGAAGAGCGGCGGGAAGCAGGGCGAGCGGAUAUACAGAAAGUUCCAGUACCUUCUGAACCCGAGACAGGUCUACAAUCUGGCGAAGAACGGACCCAUGCCCGGGUUGAACUUCUUCCGGGACGUUCCAGACUUCAGAGUCUUGGCAUGCGGAGGGGACGGCACAGUGGGCUGGAUCCUGGACUUCAUCGACAAGGCCAACCUGGACCGGAACCCGCCGGUGUGUAUCCUCCCGCUGGGCACCGGGAAUGACCUGGCCAGGUGUCUGCGCUGGGGAGGAGGGUACGAGGGCGAGAGCCUGCUGAAGAUCCUGCGGGACAUUGAGAACAGUGCAGAGGUCAUGCUGGACCGCUGGAAGAUCGACGUCACGGCCACCGACAAAGAGGAGCGGGGCGACCCGGUGCCCUACAGCAUCAUCAACAACUACUUCUCCAUCGGAGUGGAUGCCUCCAUCGCUCACCGCUUUCACCUGAUGAGGGAGAAACACCCGGAGAAAUUCAACAGCAGAACAAAGAACAAACUGUGGUACUUUGAGUUCGGCACUUCGGAGACUUUCUCAGCCACGUGUAAGAAGCUGCACGAGUUUGUGGAGGUGGAGUGCGACGGCGUCACUCUGGACCUGAGCUCCGUCUCUCUGGAGGGCAUCGCCAUCCUCAACAUUCCCAGCAUGCACGGCGGCUCCAACCUGUGGGGCGAGAGCAAGAAGCGGCGAGGGAACCGCAAGGCGGGAAAGAAAAGCCUGGAGCGGAGGACGCCGCUGACCGACCCCAAAGAGCUGAUGUUUGCUGUUCAAGACCUGUCGGACCAGCUGCUGGAGGUGGUGGGACUUGAAGGCGCCAUGGAGAUGGGUCAGAUCUACACGGGCCUGAAGGCCGGGAGGAGGCUGGCCCAGUGUUCCUCCGUCACCAUCAGGACCAGCAAGUCUCUGCCCAUGCAGAUCGACGGGGAGCCGUGGAUGCAGACCCCCUGCACGAUUGACAUCGUCCACAAGAACCAGGCUCCGAUGCUGAUGGGUCCACAGCCGGCCCGGAGCUUCUUCUCUCAGUUCCUCAGGAGAACCCGGGCCGAGAGCAAAGACUGAGCAGAGCCGAAGCCAGAGCUCAAUUAUGGCUGCGUC